AGAGCUCAAACAAUCCGGUCAUUUUAAGUGAUUUGCUACUGCACUGGCAUGGUCAUGGAAGCUAAUUCCCUCUUCUCCCCUUUCUUCUUCAUCACUCUCUUCCUCGGCUUCUUCAUAAUUUUACUGAUAAAGAGAUCAUCAAGGAGAAGAGUGCAUAAGCAACAAGCUCCACUCCCACCCUGCCCGCCCAGGCUUCCCUUCAUCGGAAACAUCCACCAGCUCGUCAGCGGCAACCCUCACCGUAUCCUCCGCCAACUCGCUCGAACUCACGGACCCCUCAUAUGUCUCCGACUCGGACAGGUCUACCAAGUCGUCGCCUCGUCCGUGGAGGCUGUGGAAGAGAUCAUCAAGCGCCAUGAUCUCAAAUUUGCUGAUCGACCAACCGAAUUGACCUUCUCCCAAAUAUUGACCUAUGGCGGCCGCGGAGCCGUCAUGUCCCCCUACGGUGGCUACUGGAAGCAGAUGAGGAAGAUCUACGCCAUGGAGCUGCUCAACUCCCGGCGUGUCAAAUCCUUCGCUACCAUCCGCCAGGAUGCCGUCCGUAAGGUCACGGUUGAGAUCGCUGGCAAGGCGUCUACUCAAACACCUGUCAAUCUAAGCCGGCUGAUGAUGUCCAUGACUAAUGAGCUAGCGAUUAGAGCCGCGUUUGGUGACGAGUGCAAACAGCAGGCGGAAUUCUUGCACCUGGUGAAGGAGGCAAUAAGCUACGUGAGCAGCUUCGCGGUGGCUGAUAUGUACCCCUCGCUCAAAUUCCUGGAUACUCUCACGGGAUUGAAGUUCAAGUUAGAGAGAGCUCGUGGAAAGCUCGACAAAAUCUUUGACGAAAUCAUCGCACAGCGUCAAGUCGCAAUGACCGCCGAGCAAACAGAGGAGGAUCUAAUCAUCGAUGUACUUCUCAAACUUAAAGAUGAAGGAAAUCUAGAAUUUCCAAUCACAUACGACUCCGUCAAGGCCGUCAUCAUGGAAACAUUCUUGGCAGGGACGGAAACAUCAUCAACGGUUAUUGAAUGGGCUAUGUCAGAGUUGAUCAAGAAUCCCAAUGUAAUGGAGAAAGUCCAAAAUGAGAUGAGGGAGGCUAUGCAAGGGAAGACCAAACUCGAAGAGAGUGACAUUAUCAAAUUCAGUUAUCUAAAUUUGGUGAUCAAGGAGACGAUGCGGCUCCACUCUCCUGUCCCUCUGUUGUUGCCGAGAGUAUGCACAGAGACGUGCGAGGUCAUGGGAUAUCGAGUGCCCGCUGGAGCUCGAGUGCUCAUCAAUGCAUUUGCUCUGGGCAGAGAUGAAAAGUACUGGGGGUCUGAUGCAGAGAGCUUCAAGCCAGAGAGAUUUGAGGGCAGCUCGGUGGACUUCAAGGGCUUCAACUUCGAGUUCUUGCCAUUUGGUGCAGGGCGAAGGAUGUGCCCUGGCAUGACAUUUGGGUUGUCGUCGGUGGAAAUUGCACUGGCUCACCUCCUCUUCCAUUUCGACUGGACGCUUCCACGAGGCAUGAAGAUCGAAGAUUUGGACAUGAUGGAAAUUUCAGGGGUGACCGCACCAAGGAGAUCACCCCUCCUCGCGCUUGCCCAGCCAAUAAUUCCACUGCCAUAGACACUUCAUCUCCGAACAUAAUAUUGCUAGCGUUUUAUAUUGUCUUUUAUAUAGUUUUUGAUAUAUAUAUAAUAAGAGAAGCAUGCAUAUCGAA